GUUGUCGGACAGUGCAGCGAGCAUCAUGGGCUGGGUGGAAGAUGUGCGCGAUUUUUUGUUCGUGUUGCUCCAGUCGAUUUGGGCGGUCUGUACGUCCGUCUUCUGGGCUAUUGUGCCACAGCCUCUGAAAUCGGUCAAGGGAAAAGUUGUUCUCAUAACGGGAACGGGCAGCGGACUCGGGAGGUUACUGGCCGUGAAAUUUGCUCAGUUGGAUGCAGUAAUUGUGUUAGUGGAUGUUCAAGAGGUGAAGAAUAAUGAAACCUUUGAAACUAUUAAAAACAUGGAUCGCAAGGCUUUUGCUUACACCUGCGACGUCAGCAACGAAAAUCAAGUGGAAAACCUCGCGGCUAAAGUUUUUAGGGAAGUUGGUAAAGUAGAUAUAAUCAUCAAUAAUGCUGGAAUCUUGCCUGGUAAACCAUUUUUGGAACUGUCCAACUCUCAAAUAAGGAAAACAUUGGAAGUCAACACCUUGGCUCACUUUUGGAUGAUUCGCAAGUUCCUUCCUCAUAUGUUAGAAAGAGGAGAAGGGCACAUUGUUGCUGUUGCUUCCAUAGCUGGCAUUUUGGGCAGCAGUUACUUAGUUGAUUAUUGUGCUUCAAAGUAUGCAGUAGUUGGAAUGAUGUCUGCCCUACGAGAAGAACUUUAUGAAACGGGAAAAGAAGAAUUAAUUAACUUAACUGUUAUUUGCCCAAGUACAAUGAAUACUGGUUUAGUUCAAAAACCAAAAACAAGAUUUCCUAAAAUAUUACCAGUUUUGGAUGUAGAUCAGGUGUCGGACAUCGCAGUAAAGGCAGUACUGACAAAUAAACCUCUCGUAGUUAUACCAACUGUUGCUCAUGUCAUCUUUAAAAUCGCGAAUCUGUUUCCGGUUCAAGUGCCAUUGAAACUUCAGAGAUUUUUCGAAUAUUCAUUGGAUCCUAAUGUUAAAUGAACAGAAUUUUUAUUUUAAUUUAACUGUUGUAAUAAAUGUUCUUUAAAAGUUUA